AUGAGCAGCUUCGCGUACGAGAAGCUCAAGAAGCUCCCGCCCCCACCCCCUCCCGCCAGCGACCAGGAGGACGAUCACUACGCCGUGGCCGCCGCUCAGGACCACUACUACCGCCACGCAGCCGCCGCGAUCGUCGCCAGCAGGAGGACAUGGCGGAGCCGCCGGUCGUCCUCGGGCACCGGGCCGCGCCGGCGCGGAAGGCCGCUGAGGAUCUCGAGCCUGGCGCGGGCGCUGCGUCGGAGGGCGGCAGCCGUGGGUGGCAGGGUGCGGGCGUCAGUGGCCCGGGUGGUGACUAGGCUCAAGGAGGGCGGGCCCUGCGUGGCCGACCUCUUCGCCGGCAACUACAUGUUCCUGCAGGUCACGCCGUCGAUGGCCGUGCCCGCCGCGGCCGGGGUCGGCAGGGGGGCCUUCCUGCCAUACUACCUCGCCGUCAAGGGCAAGGCCGCCGGCGCCGGCGCCGUGCACGGCUUGAUCCGCGCCUAG